AUGGUGGCGGUGUCCACUUCUGAAGAUAGUCAGGGCUUUCAGCAAGAUGACCGGAAGCGUCCUCGGUCGGCCACCACCACAUCCGAAAGCCAUAACCUGAAGAGGAAAGCAGCCAAGGCGCGCAAGCGGUCAGGUACCAAAACCGCCGACCAGCUUGAACAUACGGCUCAACCACGCACCUCAACAAAGCCUCUUCCCCCUCAACGCAGCCCCCAGCCCGACCGCAAGGGGAAGAACCGUGAUCCAGCCAAGCCGGACAAGCCGCACCCAAAGCGAACAUCUGCUCAAGUUCAAGCCGACAAGCAGCGAGAACAGGAGCUCUGGCACAAGUUCCGAGCUAGCCAUGCUCGUGAUCUCCAGCACUUGGCCGACCUGGAGGUGGAUGACGCAGCCAGGCAGGUAAACGAGGAUAUGGGAAUGAUGCUUACCUUAGGUAAUCCAUCUGGCAAUGACGUUAGUGAAGAGGAUGACGAAGAGGAGGGUGAGGAGAGUGAGGAGAGUGAGGAGAGUGAGGAGAGCGAGGAGAGCGAAGAGGAUGAUGAAGAAGAGGAUGGCGAGUUCGACAACAAAGCCGAGCCUGAUUUGCCCGUGAUAACAAAGAAGCGCGGAAAACAUGAGAGGGGCUCAACGAAGGCAGCAAUCGUUGCCCUGAAGGCAGCAAAGGCGUCAAAGGGAAAGGUCAGCACCGCACGCGCUCCCACGGCGAACAGGUCUCUGAAGCCGAACACAUUCCCCACCGGUGUGAAUGCGAAGUGGAAGGCUCGAGCGACCGCAACGCAGUCCACCCGCAAGUCCAAGAAGCCCUCUGUAGCCGCUGAGGUUGCAGAAGUUGGUGUUGGUGGUCUCACUGACGCCGACGCUGACGCACCUUGGUCUGAGCUUAGCACUGCCCGGAAUCUAUCGCGCAAUGAGCUGGUUUCUAUCGUCGAAGACAUAGAUGACGAGGACGCUGGUGACAGUGACGGUCACACCGGGAACGCGAGUGAUGCAUCUCGGGAGCUCAACGCAUCUACUGACAAAGGACGAUCGCGAGUAUACACUAGAAGUCUAUAA